AUGGCGGCCCGCGACGCGUACGCCGGCUUCCGCCUCCCGCAGCCGGCUCCGUCCGGCAAGCCCUGGAUGGUGCCUGUGCUUUCGGGUGCGACUACGACGGCGCAUUCGCUGUACCAUGCCCACAUCGCGGUCCGCAAGCCCGCCAUCAUCCGCGGCCUCCCGGCCGACUCGGACCUUGGCGCUCUGCUCACCCAGCUCACGCCCGAGCUCCUCGCCGACGCCGCCGGUGACGCUGCGGUUCAUGUCGAGGUCGCUGCCGCCGGUGACGACGCGCCCGAGGACGGCCGUGAGUUUGGCCGCGGCAAGCGUGUCCUCCGGCCGCUCAACGAGGUGCUCGACGAGCUUGCCGCCGGUGCCGCACUCUACAUCUCGACCCAGCCCGAGGACAGCGGGUGGCGGUCUGCUGGCCCGCCGCCUCCGGGCCGGGUUCACAUCUCGGCCCCACUCCCUGCACUGGUCGACUCGGGCCUCGUUCCGAUCCGUCCUGCGCUGGCUGGCAGCCUUGUCCCGCAGUCGAUGCAUCUGUGGCUCGGCUCGUCGGCCUCAGGCUCGUCGUCCGGCCUCCAUCACGACUUUCACGACAACAUCUACGUUCUCGCCGCUGGUCGCAAGCGGUUCACUCUCUUUGAUCCCUCGGCCGCAGGCGCAUUGGCGACAUACGGAGAGCUGGCGGGUGUUGCGCCCAACGGCCGCAUCAACUACGUCGGCGCUGGGCCUGUCGACGAAAACGGCGCCCCGCUCGCAGACGUCGAGGCGUGGCGGACAAAGUCUGCGCUUGCCACCGCCAAGGACGACGACGACAUUGACGCUGCUCUUGAGCGCAUGCUCGACAUGGCCGCCGGCGGCCGGAAGCGGAAGCGGAAGAGCGCCGCCGCUGGCGAUGACGACGGAGACGAUGACUUUCCGGUCUUUGACGGCGAGUGGCCCGACGAGUGGGCCGACGAGUGGGCCGAUGAUGACAGCGGCGGACCAGGGACGGCUUCGAGCCAGCAGGCUUCCGUUGCCGCGGCGCCGCCGGCCGCCGCCGUUGCAAAGACCGCCGCUGAGCCCGAGCCCGAGCCCGAUCACUUUUCACGCAUCCCGACGCCCGCAGUCCACGCCCGACACGGGCCAAAGCCCUGGCCACUGGUGGCUGACGCGCCGCUCUUUGAUGCGAGUCUGCCGCACGCGGUAGCCGAGCUCAGCGCCGGUGACGUCCUGUAUCUGCCGGCCGGUUGGUUCCACGAGGUGACGUCGUUCUCGGACAAGCCGCGUGCCAUCCACAUGGCGGUCAACUACUGGUUCCACCCGCCGUCGAUGGGCGCCCGCGCCGACGCGCCGUACGCCACCGAGUACUGGCCGUCGAUGUUUGCGGACGCGCACGCCGACGACCCGCCACCGGCCAAAAAGGCCAAGAAGGGCAAGCGCGGCAAGCGCUAGGCGAUUUAGCGCUUCCGGAACGGCAGCCGCGCGCUUGGACAGUUGCCAAAGCCGACCAAUUCGAUUCGGUCGUCGUAGAUGUGCGCCAGUGCGCCGGCGGUCGUACCCGGUGGCGACGUGAGAAUCGCUGGGAGGGUGACAAAGUGCGGCAGCGGGUCGUCGUCGCUCUCUGCGAGAGCAAAGACCCCGGUGUGGUCGUGCCCGGCAAAGCAUGCAACAAGCACGCCGGCGGUGGCGUACGUCGUCAACACCGACUCAAACGCCUCGUAGUUCCACACGACGUUGGUCGGCCGCUCCGCGCCGCGCGGAUGGAGUGGGACAUGCGAGCAGACUACCGCGCGCUCGCCGGCCGUAGCCGCGGCAGCGAGCUCGGCUUCGAGCCACUGGACCUGCGCUUCGCUUGUUCCACCGCCAAACGCCACCCAUCGCGCGUCGUUGCCAACCAGGCCCUCGGGCGAGUUCUUGAUCUCGUUGGGGUUGUUCGCCGCAAGGAGCGCAGCCGCUUGGGCGGCAGCCUCGGACUCGAGUCCGCCGAGCGCACCCAUGACCGAGAUCUCGUACGUGUCGAUGCAAAUGACCCGUAACUGGCCAGGCAGUAGCGACCAGCUCCCGCGCAGCGUCGCGUCGCCCCAUCCCAGCGCACCGGCGAGCACCUCCCGCGCCGCGUCGCCCUCGGCCCGGGCGUGAUAAAACUCGUGGUUGCCGGCAAGGCAAACAACCGG